CCCCCAUCUCAUCUCUCCCCCAUCUCUCUCUCUCUCUCUCUCUCUCCCCAUUCUCUCUCUCUCCCCCCAUCUCUCUCUCUCCCCAUCUCUCUCUCACAGACCCAGUCCUAGAACAGAGAAGUGUGAGGCUGUGGACUCUGUCUCUGUGCGUGUUGAAGAUAGAUGUCCUUCACGCAGCUCAGUUGGUUGUGCAUCAGUGAUGGAGGAGGACCAUAGAGUAACAGACUCCACCCUCUCCCAGAGCAUCUACCCAAUCAAACCAGCUGCUGCCCUGAUGAACAGCCUUUGCUUUAAUGACUUUGCAGCUCUGGACGUGGCACAGAACAGCAGAGACUCCGAGAGAAUUGAGGGUUUCCAUAGAGACCGUCUUAUUGACAGCUCCCUCGCCAAAGGGGAGGAGAGGGAGGGCAGGGCUGAGUUCACAGACUCUCGGAGUGAAGGAACAGGACAGCAGACGGAGAGAGAGAUGGAACACACCACUCAGGAAGGAUACGCGGGGCCUGACCCUCCUAUAGAUGGGGAAAUGAGCCGAUCCAAACCUGAGGAGCGGCUGAGAGGAGAGGAAGAACAGGACGAGGUGGCAGAGGAGGAGAAGGAUAGUGACGUGUGUUUUAAAGCUCUAGAGGAGAUCUCAGUCUUGGCAGUGAAGGAGCAGCUCACACUGAAGGAGGUGCUGCAGGAGGAGGACCAGAUUGAGGAGCUGUGCGAGGAGUAUGUUCAGGAAGAAGACAUGUUUGUUGUGGAGAUUAUCAGAGAUGGAGCUGCGUCUCUCGAUGGCCUGGCCAAACUCAUCACAGUGGAGAUGACCCCUGCCCCUAGCCUGGUGUCCAUCCUGAAGAGGAGGAGGAGUGUGUGUGUGGAGAAUGUGUGUGUUGCUCCCUCCUCGGUCCCGCACAAACAUCCUGCUAAGCGCAGGGUCCGCUUCAAAGUACCUGAUGACGGCUUUGACCAGGACCAGGUGGGCGGAGACUCGUGCCUGCUCCUCUUCCUGCUCUGCCUGGUUACCGUGGUGAUCAGCCUGGGAGGCACUGCCCUCUACUGUGCUCUGGGCAACACCCACUCCACCGUCUGCACCGACUUUUCUCGGAACGCGGACUUCUACCUCGCACAGCUGCAUCGUGGAAUGGAUCAGCUCCGACACUGGCUGACCCCUGGGUUUUAGCUGACCCCCAAGGAGGAGAGAAGUUAGGAGAUGAAGGAGAGGAAGGAGAAUCCCUUGUUUUGCAAGGUGGAUACUCUCCUUUCUCCAACUUGGACAGGAUUUCUCUCCAUGUCCUCCCGUUUUCCUCUCUCUCUCUCUUUCACUGGCUGGCCAGUUAAUGUGUGUGAUGGGAGAGCGAGUGAUGGAAGGUGUAUGUGAUACUAGUAGCCUGCAACCACACUAACAGCAGCCUAAGACAUCUGCAGCGCUGCCUAGUAGAACUAGUAGGACUGACAUAGGACCUGUAAUAUACUGGACUACCUAUAGAUUUUAACUAUACACUACUGGACAUAGAGCGACUCUGUGUCAGCACAGAGGAAGGGAUAGACUGGGCUAGACUCAUUACCACUUAGCUCGGAUCCGCUCACUACCAUAUGGAGACGUCUGGAUCCUUCAGGCAUGGACAACACCGCUCACAUGUGCAAACAAGAAGCGGCCAGUCAGCCUUUUUAAGAAACCACCUCGGCUCUUUGUUUAUGGACUCCAUUUUGUAUCUCAACUGCACUUUGAAUGUGAACAAUUGUGCUCUGGUCAGAAACAUGAAAUAAUGUCUUAAAAAAUAUUAUAUUAAUGAACGUUUUGUUUUAAUGAAACAAAUUAGACUUUUCUUUAUGUUCCUCACUGUUGAAGAUUCUUACGGAGUGUGUCAGGGUGUUUCUUUGGGCUGAAGUUAGAAGUUGCUCCUAACCACAGAUCUGAGAUCAAAUCUUAACCUUAUCCUCAACCAGAAGGGGGAGGAAAUGUCUGACUCUGUAUCAGUAGUAAGGGCCAACUUCUACAACUUCUGUUUCAGGGUGUCUGGGAUUAUUGGGUUGUUUUUGGGGUACAGAUUGUGGCGUUGGCCCUUGAUGGCCCUCAAUGACCAUAUAUGCAACAUGGACAAGAAAGCAAUACGUCUGUAAUCGUGUUCAAGAAUGUUUAGCGCCCUAAGGGUCAGGUCGGUACUAGAAGAGGAAUAUCUGUUUAGCUGAGAAUUGUCUUUGCUCAGGCAUGUGUGUAUUUAUCUUUAUUGUGAAAUAAUUAUGGGCAUGAUCAGUAUUACACCGAGUGCAUUACCUCCUGCGAUCAAUGGACUUUGGAUUUGGAUCAAUGGAUUUGGAUCAAUGGAUUUUUACUUAUUAUAAUUUUUGUGCUCAUUGUUAUUUCUUUUAUUUCACGCUUUUUAUUAGUCUAUUUAAUCUGUUUUACUGUCUGUCAGUCGGCGGUAUGUUUUAGUUUUGUCUGGCGUUCAGUAGACGUGUCACAGUGGCUCCUAUGAUAAUGUAAUGAUGAUGUAGUCGGCUGGGCAGUGACUCUUAGGCUGCAUCCCAACAGUCUAAAGUGUUUUCCUCUUCUUGUCUCCUCUCUUUCAUCUCCUCUUAUCUGAAAACACAAGACAGGUGAAACAAACUGCAAAUAUUCAGAACUGUAUUCAAAUGGACAAUAUAGAUAUGCAAUUUGCUUUCGUCUUUCAAGGUUCUUUCAGAGGGGGGAAGAUGAAGGAGAAGAGACGAGGGGAGGAUGCCACAUUAGAGUAUUGAGAUGCAGCCUUGGUUUUAAAAUGAUUUGCACGUGUCUGGCUGGUCCAGAUGACUCUGUCUUACUGUUUGGAUCUGAAGUAUUUAUAUCAUAUCUGCACGUGGGGAGAGAAAAAAAUGACCUUCUGUUGUUUUUCUCGUUUUGGCUUGAUGUGGUUAUCGUUGGUUGUUAUUUUCCCUUGUUUUGUUCUUGAAGACUAUGUUUUGAAAAAGAGGAGUCUCUUUCCAAGGCUCACCAGUUAAAGAAUGCCAGUUGGAAAAGUCAGAACAGAAGCGGAACAGUCUCCAUUUUCAACUUUUCAUCUCUGUGUAUGAUGACAUGUGAAGACGAUUAGCUAAUGUGUGUCAUUGUGGCCAAUGCUGCGUUCAGAACCAAGUGGGAAGGUGGAAAUUACCAGUUGUGAAUUUGUAAUUGUGAGUUUGAUGCUUUCACUUGCUUUGAACUUGUUGAGAAACGCUGAUUUGCUUAAGGCAAACAAGCUGGGUCAAACAAACUAAAAGUAUAGCUAUCAUGCUUGUAAACAAAUUCUAGUAUAUUAUAUAGUAUAUUAAUAGAUUGCUUUUUACAAAUAAUGUUUUGUUGCAUUUAACUACCGAAAAUGCUGUUAUCGAGAUAAUAAUUUCCUUAGUAGGUGACGUUCAGCAUGUGGGAGAAGUCGGUGCUCAGGGAUGAUAGUUUCUCACUAGUAAUUACAAGUUGGAGGGCCCGGUCAUAUAUGGUAAGCAUUUUACUACACCCGCCAUAACAUCUGCUAAAUAUGUGUAUGUGUAUGUGACCAAUAAAAUUGGAUUUGAUUUGAAUACCACCUUCCCACUUAGUUAUGAACACAGCAUCAAAUCUUUCUUUGCAGUCUGUGAAGAAAACAAUGGGCAAGUUUGUUUUGCAUGGCCUGGUACCCCGGAUGGGUGGAGUUUGUUCAUUUGAACCAUUCCAUUGGCACUAAGAGAAAUCUCUACCCACCUGGGGCACUGGGCGAAAUGAAACUCAUCCAUUGGUCAAGUUUGUUUUGCAUGGCCUUGUGCCCCGGUGGGUGGCGUUUUCUCAUUUUAAACCAUUCCAUUGGUCCUUAAGUGAAAUCUCUACCUACAAAGUGCACCGGGCUUUGCAAAACAAAUCACCAUUGAGAGGGAUGACUGUGGUGAGUACCUUUUAAACACCUGUUUCUCUCUGUUGAUUGGUUAAUAAACCUCACUGUGGGGACUGAUCUGACACAA